AUGCGGCGGCGUGUGCAUGAGCAGGAGGCAACUGCAACUGCGCCAAGCGCGGAUGCCGAGGAUUCAGAGACGAAGCUUCACGGUGAGCUCUUGGGACAGAGCUUCAUGCUGACUAAGUCCAUAAUUCUCAGGCUUUUGGGCCUGAUGUAUUUUGUCGCCUUCAAGGUGGCAGCCGAUCAGAACCUGGCAUUGAUGGGUUCGCAAGGAUUGACCCCCGUUGCACAGCGCUGGGAAGAGCAUAAGAAAACAGUGACAGCUCUUCAAGGUUUCCAGGAAGCUCCAAGCAUCUUCUGGUUCGCAGAGCUGAGUGAUCAGAGCAUGCAGUUGCUUAGCUACUUCGGACUUGCAUGCAGCCUUGCGAUGAUGAUGGGGCUUCACUCCUCCAUUCUGGCUGUAGCUCUCUGGCUGUCUUAUUUCUCUAUUGUCACAACGGCUGAGGAAACCGCUUGGUACAGGUAUGGCUGGGAGAGCCAGCUGCUGGAAACAGGCUUUCUCGCCGUUUUCUUGUCCUCCCCCUUGGAUUUGUCUGCGAGCCCAUCACUGCCAGUUCUCUGGCUCUUCCGCUGGCUUUGCUUCCGAAUCUCCACUGGUGCUGGUCUGAUCAAAGUGCGAGGAUCCAGCUGCUGGACAGACCGUACUUGCUUGUGGUAUCAUUUUGAGACGCAGCCCAACCCAUCACCUUUGUCCUUUCUCUGGCACUUCUUGCCGCGAGGCAUCUUGUCAGCCGGAGUGGAUUUGGACAUAUGUGUACAGCUCUAUGCAGCCUGGUUGGUCCUAGUUCCUGGCUGGGGUCCCCUUCGACAUGUGAGGCGCCUCGGUGGGCUCAUCCAGGUCUUCUUCAUGCUCAAUAUUGCCAUGUCCGGAAACUUCUCCUUCCUAAACCAUUUGACUAUAGUGCCAGCACUUGCAUGUUUGGACGACGAUUGCCUCUCCGUCUUCUGUCCGCGGGCAGCGAAAGCCCGCCCUGGCCCUGCUACCCGGGCUCGCCUCGGUGGCCUCGUCCGGUGGACGAUUGACCUAGCUCUCGUAUCGAUUAUUGCAUAUCUCUCCGUACCUGUGGUCCAAAAUUUGUUGCAGUCGGAAGGGAAGCGCCAGAUGAUGAAUGCUUCUUUUGGAGCUUUUCGGCUUGUGAACACAUAUGGCGCAUUUGGGAACGUUGGAAAGGAGCGCUAUGAGGCUAUUGUGUCGGUUUCACACGACAGGAGGAGGUGGGAGGAGCUGGAGUUCCCAUGCAAACCUGGUAGCGUCACUCGUCGUCCAUGUCUGUGUGCUCCUUACCACUACAGGCUCGACUGGAACAUUUGGUUUCUGGGCUUCAAGCCUCACCAAGUAUACCUGGAACGACGUGAAACUUGGAUGUGGUCAUUUUUAGCCAAGGUCUUGGAGGGGGAUGCCACGGUGCUUAGCCUGUUGACGCCGGAGACGGCUGUAAGCAAAGCAUAUUUCCCGGACGGACCUCUUAACGACCGAAAGCUGCCCAAGUUCGUGAAAGUUGACAUGUGGAGAUACCGAAUGCGUGCCCCACUCUGGGUCAUUGCACGGGAAUAUGCACAAAAUGGUACAGCCGUGUGGUGGGAGCGGGAGAAAGCAGAAGCCUUGAUCCCACCUCUCGAGAGGAAUUACACGGUGCUCGUGCGGAUGCUGGAGCACGCAGCGAUUUGA